AGUCAAAUUCCCAACUCAAUUCUCUCUCUCCCCUCCCCUUCACGCCUUCCGCCUUCUCUCUCUACCCGCCUCCGCUCCGCUUCCGCUCUUGGUCCCCCCCCCCCCCCCGGGCCCCGCCGCGGCCAUCGCCGCGGGCGCUUAAAAAGCGCGCGCGGGCGCGGCAGCAGCGGCGUCGCCACGGCCCGGGAGCGCUCCUCCACCUCGCCCUGUCGCCUCCGCUUCCCAUCCCUCCCUCCCCGCCUCUCUCCUCGCCGCGGGGCUGGGAGCACGCGCUGUAGCGUCGCGCCGCGCAUUUAAGGCGCCGCUUGGAUCUUGAUCUGCCCGGCGGUCUCAUCCACCACCACCACCACCUCCUCCUUGUCGUCGGCGCCAGCCGGCACCGGUCGCGCGGCGUUCCGCCGAGCUGGCGGCGGGCAGGCGCGCGCCACGCUGCUGUAACUUCGGACGUACGAAGUCUGAAGUUCAGAGGGUGAAGUAAUGGUGGAGCCCUACCAGAUGAACGGCAUACUGAACGGGAUGCCUAAUUUGAGGCAUCCGUCCUCUCCAUCAGAGGUUGAUGAAUUCUGUAAAGCGCUUGGUGGAGACUCACCAAUACACAGUGUGCUAGUUGCCAACAAUGGGAUGGCUGCGGUCAAGUUCAUGCGCAGCAUCCGCACAUGGGCCUUGGAGACCUUUGGGACAGAGAAGGCCAUUCUCUUGGUUGCUAUGGCCACUCCGGAGGACUUGAAGAUUAAUGCUGAGCACAUAAGAAUCGCUGACCAAUUCGUAGAAGUUCCUGGAGGAACGAAUAAUAACAACUAUGCGAAUGUACAGCUUAUAGUGGAGAUAGCAGAGAGAACUCGUGUGUCUGCAGUUUGGCCUGGCUGGGGUCAUGCAUCUGAGAACCCAGAACUUCCAGAUGCUCUUAAUGAAAAGGGAAUAAUUUUUCUUGGGCCACCUUCAGCUGCAAUGGCUGCACUUGGUGAUAAGAUUGGUUCUUCUCUUAUUGCGCAAGCAGCAGGAGUUCCAACUCUUCCAUGGAGCGGAUCACAUGUGAAAGUUCCACCAGAAAGCUGCCAUUCGAUUCCUGAGGAAAUAUAUAAGGAUGCUUGCGUUUCCACUACAGAGGAAGCAGUGGCCAGUUGUCAGGUGGUCGGGUAUCCUGCCAUGAUCAAGGCAUCUUGGGGUGGCGGUGGUAAAGGAAUAAGGAAGGUACAUAACGAUGAUGAGGUAAGGGCACUGUUCAAGCAAGUUCAAGGAGAAGUCCCUGGCUCACCUAUAUUUAUUAUGAAAGUGGCAUCUCAGAGCCGACAUCUGGAGGUUCAGUUGCUCUGUGACAAACAUGGCAAUGUUGCAGCACUACACAGUCGAGAUUGUAGUGUUCAAAGAAGGCACCAAAAGAUUAUAGAGGAGGGGCCAAUCACAGUUGCCGCUCCAGAGACAGUUAAAGAGCUUGAGCAGGCAGCAAGACGGCUCGCUAAGUGUGUGCAAUAUGUUGGUGCUGCUACAGUAGAGUAUCUGUAUAGCAUGGAAACCGGUGAAUACUAUUUCCUGGAGCUUAAUCCACGAUUGCAGGUAGAACAUCCUGUGACUGAAUGGAUAGCUGAAAUAAACUUACCAGCAGCCCAAGUUGCAGUUGGAAUGGGUAUACCCCUGUAUAACAUUCCAGAGAUUAGACGCUUUUACGGAAUGGAUCAUGGGGGUGGUUAUCAUGAUUGGAGGAAAAUAUCAGCUGUUGCGACUAAAUUUGAUUUGGAUAAAGCACAGUCAGUGAAGCCCAAGGGCCAUUGUGUUGCUGUCAGAGUUACUAGUGAGGAUCCUGAUGAUGGGUUUAAGCCUACUAGUGGAAGAGUGGAGGAGCUAAACUUUAAAAGCAAACCAAACGUUUGGGCCUAUUUCUCUGUUAAGUCUGGAGGAGCAAUUCAUGAAUUUUCGGACUCACAGUUCGGUCAUGUUUUUGCAUUUGGGGAAUCUAGAUCUUUGGCCAUAGCCAAUAUGGUUCUUGGGCUGAAAGAGAUUCAGAUCCGUGGAGAGAUUCGCACGAAUGUUGAUUACACAGUGGAUCUUUUGAAUGCAGCAGAAUACCGAGAAAAUAAGAUCCAUACUGGUUGGCUUGACAGCAGAAUAGCUAUGCGGGUUAGAGCAGAGAGGCCCCCAUGGUACCUCUCUGUUGUUGGAGGAGCUCUAUAUGAAGCAUCAAGCAGGAGCUCCAGCGUUAUUACCGACUAUGUAGGUUAUCUCAGCAAAGGUCAGAUACCACCAAAGCACAUCUCACUUGUCAAUUUGACCGUUACUUUAAACAUAGAGGGGAGCAAACACACGGUCGAGACAGUGAGAGGUGGACCCCGCAGCUAUAAACUAAGAAUGAAUGGAUCAGAGAUUGAAGCGGAGAUCCAUUCACUGCGAGACGGUGGACUUUUAAUGCAGUUGGAUGGAAACAGUCAUGUAAUAUAUGCAGAGACAGAGGCUGCUGGUACACGCCUUCUCAUCAAUGGUAGGACAUGCUUAUUACAGAAAGAACACGAUCCUUCAAAGUUGUUGGCUGAUACACCUUGCAAACUUCUUCGGUUCUUGGUUGCGGAUGGCUCUCAUGUGGAUGCUGAUACACCAUAUGCUGAGGUGGAAGUCAUGAAGAUGUGCAUGCCACUAUUACUGCCUGCCUCUGGUGUCAUUCACUUCGUUAUGCCUGAGGGCCAGGCAAUGCAGGCGAAUGACCUAAUAGCAACAUUGGACCUUGAUGACCCAUCUUCUGUGAGGAGAGCUGAACCAUUUCAUGGCUCCUUCCCCAAACUGGGACCUCCUACUGCUAUUUCUGGCAAAGUUCAUCAAAAAUUUGCUGCAAGUGUGAAUUCUACACACAUGAUCCUUGCAGGUUAUGAACAUAAUAUCAAUGAGGUUGUACAAGAUUUGCUAAACUGCCUAGACAGCCCUGAGCUCCCUUUUCUACAAUGGCAAGAACUAAUGUCUGUUUUGGCAACACGACUUCCAAAAGAUCUUAGGAAUGAGUUGGAUGGUAAGUACAAGGAGUAUGAAUUGAAUCCCGACUUCCGCAAGAGCAAGGAUUUCCCUGCAAAGUUGUUGAGGGGGGUUAUGGAGGCGAAUCUUGCAUACUGUUCGGAGAAAGAUAGGGUUACUAAUGAGAGGCUUGUGGAACCACUUAUGAGCCUGGUCAAGUCAUAUGAGGGUGGAAGAGAAAGCCAUGCUCGUGUUGUUGUCAAAUCUCUGUUUGAGGAGUAUCUGUCUGUUGAAGAACUCUUCAAUGAUAACCUUCAGUCUGAUGUUAUUGAGCGUCUACGUCUUCAACAUGCAAAAGACCUUGAGAAGGUUGUGCACAUUGUGUUCUCGCACCAGGGUGUGAGAAACAAAAACAAAUUAAUACUACGGCUUAUGGAAGCAUUAGUAUAUCCAAACCCAUCUGCUUACAGGGAUCAGUUGAUUCGCUUCUCAGCCUUGAACCAUACAUCAUAUUCUGAGCUGGCACUCAAAGCAAGCCAACUUCUUGAGCACACUAAAUUGAGUGAGCUUCGCACAAGCAUAGCAAGAAGCCUUUCAGAGCUGGAGAUGUUCACUGAGGAAGGAGAGCGGGUGUCAACACCUAGAAGAAAGAUGGCGAUAAAUGAGAGGAUGGAAGAUUUAGUAUGUGCUCCACUGGCAGUUGAAGAUGCUCUUGUGGCUUUGUUUGAUCAUAGCGAUCCUACUCUUCAGCGGAGGGUGGUUGAGACAUAUAUUCGUAGAUUGUAUCAGCCCUAUCUUGUAAGUGGAAGUAUCCGAAUGCAAUGGCACCGAGCUGGCCUAAUUGCUCUAUGGGAGUUCUCUGAAGAGCAUCUUAAGCAAAGAAAUGGGCAAGAUGUGCUCCUACGGCAAGUAGAGAGUCCCAUUGAGAAGAGAUGGGGUGUCAUGGUUGUAAUCAAGUCUCUCCAAUUUCUAGCAACUGCAAUUGAUUCUGCAUUGAAGGAGACUUCACAGUAUAGAGCAGGUGUUGGAAGUGUCUCGAAUGGUACCCAUGUAAAUUCUAAUCAAAGCAAUAUGCUGCAUAUUGCUUUGGUUGGUAUCAAUAAUCAGAUGAGUACUCUCCAAGACAGUGGCGAUGAGGAUCAAGCACAAGAAAGGAUCAACAAACUAUCCAAAAUUUUGAAGGAUAACACUAUUACAUCACAUCUUAAUGGUGCUGGUGUUAAGGUUGUCAGUUGCAUUAUCCAACGAGAUGAAGGGCGUCCGCCAAUGCGACACUCUUUCCAAUGGUCUGUUGACAAGCUUUAUUACGAGGAGGAUCCAAUGCUCCGCCAUGUGGAACCACCAUUGUCUAUAUUCCUUGAGCUGGUAUGUAGCUACAUUCAUUAUUCACAUAUUAUUUUAAUCUUCUCUUCAACUAUAACUGUAUUUCUCAAUAAAAUUCUUCAAAUACAGGACAAAGUAAAUUUGGAAGGUUACACUGAAGUAAAAUACACCCCAUCACGUGACCGACAGUGGCAUAUUUAUACACUUACAAAGAACAAGAAAGAUCAAAGAUUAAACGACCAGAGGAUGUUCCUUCGUACCAUAGUCAGACAACCAAGCGCAACAAAUGGUUUCCUGUCAGGAAGUAUUGACAAUGAAGUAGGCCGCACUCAAGCUUCAUCAUCAUUCACAUCAAACAGCAUUCUCAGAUCAUUGAUGGGAGCACUAGAAGAAAUAGAGCUACAUGCUCAUAGUGAGACUGUGAGAUCGGGCCAUUCACACAUGUAUCUGUGCUUACUGAGAGAACAACAAUUGCAAGAACUUAUUCCAUUUUCAAGGAUGGCUGAUGAAGUUGAUCAGGAAGAAGCAACUGCAUGCACACUUUUGAAGCAUAUGGCGUUGAAUUUAUAUGAGCAUGUUGGGGUCAGGAUGCAUCGUCUUUCUGUGUGCCAGUGGGAAGUGAAGCUCUGGUUGGUUUGUGAUGGGCAAGCUAGUGGUGCUUGGAGAGUUGUUGUUACGAAUGUUACUGGUCACACUUGCACUGUUGAUAUUUACCGAGAAGUGGAGGACCCCAGUACACAUCAGCUUAUCUACCACUCUGCCACAGCCACGGCUGGCCCUCUGCAUGGCGUUGCAUUGAAUGAACCGUACAAGCCUUUGGAUGCUAUUGACCUUAAACGUUAUGCUGCUAGGAAAAACGAAACUACAUACUGCUAUGAUUUCCCCUUGGCAUUUGAAACAGCGCUGAAGAGGUCAUGGAAAUCAAGUAAUUAUGGUGUUACUGAAUCUAAUGACCAUAAUCAACUUUAUGCUGAAGUGAAAGAGCUUAUAUUUGCUGAUUCAGAUGGAGCGUGGGGUACUCCAUUGAUUUCAGUUGAACGCCCCCCAGGCAUCAAUGAUAUUGGCAUUGUUGCUUGGAACAUGAAGCUGUCCACACCUGAAUUCCCAAGUGGUCGGGAGAUUAUAGUUGUUGCAAAUGAUGUGACAUUUAAAGCUGGGUCCUUUGGUCCAAGAGAAGAUGCAUUUUUUGAUGCAGUUACCAACCUGGCUUGUGAGAGGAAACUUCCUCUUAUCUACCUGGCAGCAACUGCUGGUGCCAGGCUUGGUGUAGCAGAGGAAGUCAAGGCAUGCUUCCAUGUCGGCUGGUCUGAUGAUGAAAGCCCUGAACGUGGUUUUCACUACAUUUACCUCACUGAACAAGAUUAUUCACGCCUAAGCUCUUCAGUUAUAGCUCACGAGCUGAAACUAGAAAAUGGAGAAACCAGAUGGGUGGUUGAUACCAUUGUUGGGAAAGAGGAUGGACUUGGUUGUGAGAAUCUCCAUGGAAGUGGUGCAAUUGCCAGCGCGUAUUCUAAGGCAUACAAAGAAACCUUCACCCUGACAUUUGUGACUGGAAGAGCUGUUGGCAUUGGAGCCUAUCUGGCUCGUUUAGGUAUGCGGUGCAUACAACGUCUUGAUCAACCAAUUAUUCUGACUGGGUUUUCUGCACUGAACAAGCUUCUGGGACGGGAGGUAUACAGUUCUCAUAUGCAAUUGGGUGGCCCCAAAAUCAUGGCUACAAAUGGUGUUGUCCACCAGACCGUGUCAGAUGAUCUUGAAGGUGUUUCUGCUAUACUGAAAUGGCUCAGUUAUGUUCCUCCAUAUGUUGGUGGUCCCCUUCCUAUUAUGAAACCCCUGGACCCACCAGAAAGACCUGUAACAUACUUCCCUGAAAAUUCUUGUGAUGCUCAUGCAGCCAUAUGUGGCAUUCAGGAUGGUGAAGGCAACUGGUUGGGUGGCAUGUUUGACAGGGAAAGCUUCGUGGAAACAUUGGAAGGCUGGGCAAAAACAGUUAUCACUGGAAGAGCAAAACUUGGUGGAAUACCAGUUGGUGUCAUAGCUGUGGAAACCCAGACGGUGAUGCAAGUCAUCCCUGCUGAUCCAGGGCAGGUUGAUUCUGCUGAGCGUGUAGUCCCUCAAGCAGGACAGGUGUGGUUCCCUGAUUCUGCCACCAAAACAGCUCAGGCAUUACUGGAUUUCAACCGUGAGGAGCUUCCAUUGUUCAUCCUUGCAAAUUGGAGAGGUUUCUCUGGUGGGCAAAGGGAUCUGUUUGAAGGGAUCCUUCAGGCUGGUUCAACAAUUGUUGAGAAUCUGAGGACAUACAAGCAGCCUGCUUUUGUAUAUAUUCCAAUGGGUGGAGAGCUGCGGGGAGGGGCCUGGGUUGUGGUGGACAGCAAGAUCAAUCCGGACCACAUUGAGAUGUAUGCCGAGAGGACUGCGAAAGGGAACGUCCUUGAGCCAGAAGGAUUGGUGGAGAUCAAAUUCAGACCAAAGGAACUGGAAGAUUGCAUGCUAAGGCUUGACCCAGAAUUGAUUGGCCUGAAUGCUAGGCUGAAAGAGAUGAAGAAACAAAAUGCCAGCAACUCAGAAAUGGAGACUAUCCGGAGGAGUAUGACUGUUCGUAUGAAGCACCUGAUGCCUGUAUAUACUCAGGUUGCCACACGGUUUGCUGAGUUGCAUGACACCUCCGCUAGAAUGGCUGCCAAAGGCGUGAUUGGUAAGGUUGUUGAUUGGGAGGAGUCUCGGGCCUUCUUCUAUGGGAGAUUGCGAAGGAGAGUUGCUGAGGAUGCCCUUGCCAAAGAAGUUAAAGAAGCUGCUGGUGAGCAGCUGUCCCACAAAUCAGCAUUGGAGUCUAUCAAGAAAUGGUAUCUAGCGUCCAAGGAAAGUGAAGGAGAUAGUGACAAGUGGAACGAGGAUGAAUCUUUCUUCGCUUGGAAGGAUGAUCCCAAGAACUACGAGAACUAUCUUGAGGAGUUAAAGGCUGAAAGAGUAUCCAAAUGGUUCUCGCAUCUUGCUGAAAGUUCAGAUGUGAAAGCCCUACCGAACGGUCUUUCACUGCUCCUUAACAAGAUGAAUCCUUCGAAGAGGGAGCAGGUCAUCGAUGGGCUCAGGCAGCUUCUUGGUUGAUUGGUGGCUGUCUUCGCAUCCCAACCAAAUAAUGUCCUCAUUUUUUGCACAUCAGCACUCGGCGGUGGCAUCUCAUGCCUAAAUUGUGUCUGCUCUGCUGGAUGUUUGAUUUGGGUUCUUGCUAGAGCGGAGUGAAGCAUGAAAUCGACCUUAGGUGGGCACGAGUUUUUCUGUAUGUAGUCAUGUAUUUAGUUGUUUUAACCUUGUAAUUAGUUGUGUGGCCUUUCUCAAAGGCGAUGUCAUACGGAUACAAUGGAAAGCAUGAUCAAGUAAUUAUUUAUUUUUGAACCCAAAUAAUAUAUGAUUUCUCAUCUGUAAGCUUGGUGUUUGCAAAAUAAUUGAGAUGGUCUGCCUCUA